GCACUCGGGCGCGCCGCCGACGUCAGUCGCGAGUGGCGCGGGGUAGCCGCCACAAGUGAGAGAAGGGGCGACUACCCCUGACCUCAUGACCAGCACCGACCACCUCUGCAAUGAGGAUGGCGGGGGCAGCUGCAACAGUGAUGCCACCCCCGAGGCUCAAGCUGAACCUCAGACCGUUCCAGAAAACGGUGAUAUGAUCAUCUUGACGCUGGAGGAUGAAAAGGGGCCGCAAGUGACCAGCAGAGAGGAGCUGAUCGAGGAAAAGCCCUCCCCGACCUCAAAUGGCUCGGUGGACGUCGGCGUGGGCGCAUGGCUGAGCCACCGGCUGCGUCGCUCGUGCACCACGAAGAACGUGAAGCGAAAGGUGCCAUGCCUCGAGUGGGGGCCGCGAUACUGCAUCACCUGGCUUAUCGCUGACAUCCUGGCCGGCGUCACCGUCGGCCUCACCGUCAUCCCCCAAGCGAUAGCUUACGCCAACAUCGCGGGUAUCUCCCCCGAGUUUGGCCUCUACUCGUCCUUCGUCGGCAGCUUCAUCUACGCAAUCUUCGGGAGCUGCAAGGACUCGCCCAUCGGACCGACGGCCAUCGCAGCAAUCCUUACCAGGGAGAACAUCCAUGGUCUUGGGCCACAGUUUGCAAUUUUCUUGUGUUUGAUCAGUGGCGUCGUCGAACUUCUCAUGGGGCUCCUCAACCUGGGAUUUGUAAUUGACUUCAUCUCCGGCCCAGUAUCUGUCGGCUUCACAUCAGCUGCAGCAAUAAUAAUCGCAACAACGCAAGUGAAGGACAUCAUGGGCUUGCAAAUGCCUGGCAGUAAAUUCCUCGAGGUCUGGGGUCAAAUUGUGAUGCACGCGGAUGAAGCAAAGCUGUGCGACACCAUGCUGGGAAUUAUUUGCAUCUUUUCUCUUCUCUUACUCAGGAAAUUAAAAGAUCUACGAUUUGGUCCUCCAGACAUUGCUGAGCAGAACAGUUGGCACAAAACUCUGAACCAAGCUGUUUGGCUCAUUUCCACCGCACGCAACAUUAUUGUGGUCGUUGUAUGCUCUAUUCUUGCCUCUGUUUUCCACAAAAACGGCUACCACCCCUUCCUUUUAACAGGCGAGGUGAAACCCGGUCUGCCGUCGUUCCAGUUGCCACCCCUCAGUGCCAAUGUCGGCAACCAGACGUAUAGCUUAAUAGACAUGCUCAGCACCAUCGGCUCUGGUUGCUUCGUGGUUCCUCUGCUCGCCGUUCUGGAAAACAUCGCCAUCGCCAAAGCCUUUUCCGACGGAAAAGCGGUGGACGCGACACAGGAGAUGAUUGCACUCGGCCUGUGCAAUAUCGCCUCGUCCUUUGUAGGCUCUAUGCCGGUGACAGGAGCGUUGUCCAGGGGCGCCGUGAACAAUGCCAGCGGAGUGAUGACCCCAUUUGGUGGCGUAUACACCGGAAUUUUAGUUAUAGUUUCGCUACAGUAUUUCACGCCAUACUUUUACUUCAUUCCACGCACAUCGCUUGCAGCCGUCAUAAUCGCGGCAGUUAUCUUCAUGGUAGAAUUUCAAGUCAUCAUGCCAAUGUGGAAAACAAAAAAAAGUGAUUUGGUACCCGCUCUCUUGACUUUCUUCUCCUGCCUGUUGAUCAGACUGGAGCUAGGGAUAUUAAUUGGAAUCAUGGUAAAUGUCUGCUUCUUGCUAUACGCGUCAGCCAGGCCCAAAGUCGCUGUAGAGCGGUCGAUGGCAACGUCUGGCCUGGAAUAUUUGUUGGUGACGCCUGAUCGGAGUCUGGCAUUCCCUUCAGUAGAGUAUGUGCGCGCUCUGGUGCUCAAAGCAGGCCUCAAACUCGGAGACAACUAUUUGCCCGUGGUGAUCGAGUGCAGACACAUUCAAGCAGCAGACUUCACAGCCGCUGAGGGUGUGAAGCAAAUGAUCGACGAUUUUAAUCAGCGGGACCAGCAGAUUCUGUUUUAUCACGUAAAACCAAAAAUCGUGAAGAUCUUUCAGGGAGUUAAUCCUAAGGGCUUCAGGUACUGCAAUAAUGAGGAUGAACUCAACGAAGUGCUCAAAGAAUGUGCAAGCAAAGUUUACACUUUUCAACAACGCAAUACGCAAGAGGAUUCUCUCUCCGUGGUAGAUUAAACCUUCACUCUUGUGCACGUGCGAUCUGAAACCAACUUAUUAAACAAAUCAGGCACUUACUUUCCAUUAGAGAGUAAUAUGAAUUUUAAUCUUAAAUCUUAAAAUUGGUGAACGUUAAAUGGAGGGGAAUUAAAAAAAUCCAAGGGACUGCUGAUUCCUGUGAUGAUCUGUGAUAAAAAAUUAAAACAUCAAUAUAUGUUUAAUUGUUAUAACAAUUGAUUGAGGAGAGCUCUACGACCUGUAAAAGCACUAUUAAAAUAUUGGUAAAUGAAUCUCCUAAAAUACGCUUUAUAGACACUGUUAGGCACUUGCAUCAUUAUCCAAACACACAAAUAAAUACCUUUCCAUUUUUAAUCUCCUACCGCACGAAUACGACAAAACUAUAAAAGAACCCCCACAAUUUACAAAUCUUACUGAAGGAAACGUUUCAGGAAAUCUCAUAUGAUGUUAUACUUAAUAGAGCUCACUUAUUAUUCUCUGUCAGUUUAUUGUGCAGUAGAGUAAAGAAUGAGUCUCAUCGAAUUGGCAGUGAUACUAGAAAUUAGAACCUGACCGCAUCACUAGUUCUAGUACACAAAAAAUUCCGAAUAAAAUAAAAGGUGCUGCAAAAGAGUGAGAAAUCCUUAUCCAAACUAGCAUUAUUUAGAUAUCUUGAAGAAAGAUGUUAUCAAAAUAGAAAAAAUUCAUUCUUCUCAGGCGCACAGACAGUGUGCAACGAUUCUAUAUUUGUUUAUAGAUAUUGAUUGAAAUCUGUUUCGCAUUAUUUAUAUAUUAUAUAAUAUAUAGUAUGUUGUAUUUAUCAAAAUAAUAAUAGCGUAAUAUAUCGUAAUAGAAACCUUUCAACAUGUUGUUUCCUUGAAAAAAGAAUAAUAAAGUUUGUCCAAAACGUU